AUGUAUUGGAAUACUCUCGCCGCCGCGGCGCUUUUGUCGCAAUCUGUCUCCGCACAGAACAUGCUUCGAUUCGCAUGCUCUCAACUUACCGUUGAAAGAGCCGACCCUCUGGUCAGCCCAGGACAAAGUCCUGCACCUCACACUCAUCAGAUUAUUGGAGGAAAUUCUUUCAAUCUUUCUAUGGACCCUGCUACUUAUGAUCCAGCCGCUAAGUCUACCUGCACAUCUUGCACAUAUUCUGAGGAUUUCUCCAACUACUGGACCGCAUCUCUAUACUUCAAAUCUCCCGAGAACGGUACCUUCCAGCGUGUUCCUCAAUUCGCCAACGUCGGUCUUCAACAAGACGGUGGAAUGACUGUAUACUACAUGCCAUACAGCGCCAAGAACAACAAAAUGACAGCAUUCAAGAAAGGCUUCCGAAUGCUUGCUGGAGAUCCUAUGACCAAGAAAAACAACCGAGUUUCGAUCUGUCACCGAUGUCUAGGUAAUGGCGAGGGCUUUGCACCAUGCGAUUCCAAAGAUACUGGAGAACUCCCAAAUAAGUUCUGCCCAGGUGGUAUUCGUGCGACCAUUAUCUUCCCAUCGUGCUGGGAUGGUGUCAAUAUCGAUUCGCCAGAUCACAAGAGUCACGUCGCUUAUUCCAACAGUGGUGGACUUGGUAGCCAGAACUGUCCUUCAACUCAUCCAGUGCCCAUUCCUCAAGUCAUGUACGAGGUCAUGUGGCAAACUCAAAACUACAAGAACACUGCUUAUUAUGGCACCAAUAAGCAACCGUUCGUCUAUAGCUUCGGUGACGGAGUCGGGUACGGUCAACACGGUGAUUAUCUAUUCGGAUGGAAGGACGAUUCUCUACAAAAGGCCAUGGACGCGCUACCAAGUGGCAAGUGUGCUAAUGCCAACUGCAGCGUCUUGAAGAUUCAAUCUGGCGCUGACUCGAUGAAGUGCAAGAAGGCACAACAAGUUGUGGAAGACGUUGGUGCGAGCGGGAAAUGGAUCAAGCAGCUUCCAGGAGGUGUCGCCGUCACUUACUAA